UGGAGAAUAUUUUGAGGAAUAAAAUUAUACUUCCUCUAAAAAUUCAUGAAAUGUUUUGCUGUGACGUAGAAAGAACACUCGACGAGUUUUCUACCUUAAUUUCUGACGGUUUUGUCCCUCAAAAUGCCGAAGGGACACUAAAUAUAAUCCAGGACCAAGAAUUCCGUCGCAACAGAAGCAAAGUCAAUAUUUCCCUGGCCAUUAUGCUGUAUGGACCAACUGAGUUGCGAAAGAAUCCCGACCUUGCUGGGCUGAGAGCCAAAUUGGAGAAACUAAACGAGGAAAAGACCAGUCAAGUCAGGGAUCAUUUAGAACAUGCCAUUUGUAACUGCGUAGCAAACGCUCGCUACAAUUUUGUUGCCAAGAACGGAAUGAAAUGGACAAAAAUAAGCGAAGAAACCCCGAUAAUGAGAUUGUUGUUAUUUCCGACUAAUAAUGACAGUUAUUUUAUGAACAUUCAAAACUCAAAAAUGUCUCUAAUUGAAGAGGAAGCCAACAUUUUUUCGGAAAAUUCCAAAUUUGUGAUUGACAUUGUUUCAGAAAAGCGACUUUAUGACGUUGGUUGUGGCAAUACGUCAAAUCUCUACCGAUGUCGACGAAUAUUAAAUUUUCUUCACAAUUUCCUUAGCAUUGAAGGCUAUGACGAAGUUUAA